AGCAGCCUAAAGUUUAACCUUAUGACCAGCAAGUACGUCCAUACGUCGUAUAUCAAUGCUUUGCUCGUUCAGAGCAGAUGUGUUUUGGUCGACCCUUGCAUGGACAGAUGGAGCUAUCAAGUGCGACAAAAAUGAGGAUUAUCGCAGGGUCGCGUCUCCUUCAACAUCGCCUGCUGCUGGGUCUGUCGGUAAUGAUCCCAUUGUGCUUGAUGACGACGAGCCUAAUGAAGCUAUCAAGGAAGAGCAAGAGAGUGCCGAACCGGACCCUCUCCCAAACAUCGCGUUGGCGUCCAGCGGCGGGUCAGUCGAUGAUCCAAUUGAGCUCGACUAGCAUUGCAUGAGGGCUUUGGAGUUCGUACUGGCUUUGUUGCCUUUUCUUUGUGAUAACCUGUUAAGACCAAGUAGCAUCUGCUCCAGUUUGAGCUGGAAAAUGCAUCGCAGUGUUGCAAGUCUGGUCGUUUCUUAUGCAUGACAGAGUUUUAACGACAGGAAUCCCUGGAAGGAAUUUGAAAUGGCGAGUUUAAUGAUUAAAAAGCUUUUAUUCUCAAGAAGAAGUGCAUAACUUAGCUUAUGGGGAGAACCAGAAACCUGUUGAGUAGUUCGUUCUUUUGACGUUUCAUCUUAAUGGCAAUGGUUAUGACCUUCA